AUGAGUGCGAACUCCGAGUGUAAACUCAUGAAAGGUUUACGUGUAACACUGACAAAGGCAAUGGCGAUCAUCGAGGAGAUCCGACGAGAGAAGAGGGAGAAGGAAAUGCCAAAAAUGCCGGAGGAGAUCGAAAUGGAGGUGUUCUGGAGGCAGAGAGUAAGUUUUUUGAGAGGGCACGGCUAUUAUUGGCGAGAUUCGCUUUUUCUUGAAAAUGGUUAACAGAUAACUUCUAGUUCGGUCAGUUUGGUCUUCCAACCAAGGUCGGUCCGGAUUUCAGUAAUCAAAAGUAGUUUUCUAGCUUGUAACAGUUGAAUUCAGUUAAAAACUAAUGUUCCUUAUGCGAAAAUUUGAAAAUCGGUCCAUUCGCAUCUGAAAUAAGCCCAAUAAUCUCUAGUCCGGACCAGCGAGAAGACCUUGUACUCCAGCACAACCUAUCUGUUUCCAGGUUGUCCGUUUCGUCGAGCCAGAGGAGAAGUGGAGCGAGGUUCGCUAUCGGUUCAAUCGCGUCGAAAGCAAGCCAAUCGAUAUUCCGCGUCCUGUACGGGAGGAGUGCUGGUAG